AUGAACUCUGCAAGCACAAACGCCUCGAACAAACGGAAGCGCAAGCCUCGAAAACGAGAACCGGCCUCCAAGCCCCAGAAGCGCAAGACGAGAAAGCCCGCCGCUGCAGCCGACGAGUAUUAUUUGCUUCGAGAUAUCCCGGAGGAGAAGCUGCAAGACGGCAAGAUUCAUUAUCUUAUAGACUGGGAGGGCACCGAUAAGAACGGCAACCCACAUGAGCCAUCCUGGGAACCAGCCGAGAACGUGACCGACGCUGCAAUCAACGACUGGAGGGAGAAGAAGAGUAAAGAGGCCGCAGGCGGUACGGACGCCGUUGCGCAAGAUACUGGGUCUCCGACGCAAACAUCGACGCAAGAUACGGAUCCGGUGCUUGCGCCGAAUUGGAGACGAAGAAAGAGAAGCGCCAAGCAUAGGCCUCUGGCCAGUUACCUCAAGUCGUCUGGACACGGCGAAGAAGGCGCGGGGAAGAGAAGACGCACAGUCGACGGGUCGGGCCCUUACGCCGUGACUGGGCAGACCGGGCAGCAGCUGUCGGAACCAAGAGAUAGGAUUUCUGGACAAGCGACGGGAGCGCGGUUCAUAGUUGAGCUACCACUAUUGACACAGUUUGACCCGUCAGAAUUCCACGUAAUAUCGCCGCUGCGAUUCAGCCAACAGUCUUCGCAAUCUCCACAGCCACGCAAACCGAAAGACCGUCGCAUUGUACCAGAUUCUCAGGAGAUUUCUGGCACCUCGGCGUCCGAGGCACACCACAGCAAUCCUGACGCGGUAGAAGAUACCUUCUCAGCUGCACAUCGCGCACGAUUACCUCGAGAGUUGGGUUCCUCUGCGCAUGCGAGUUCUGAAAUACCCUCGCACCAGCUAGACGUGCGGCCUUGGUUUGCAGGUCGACGCCGCGCCUCAGCCACAGACCCUUCGCAAUUUGAAGAGUCAAGUGGCAGUGGUGGGCAGAACGAGAACCUCCAAUUCUUAACACAAGUGCCCUUUGACUUGGACGUCGUCGCGCCCACAUCCCAAGCGGCAUCACCCUCAGUCUCUACCCAGGAUACGGUUCCUGCAUCCCUCCAGCCGCGCUCGGACGUGCAGCAUUCACAGAGAAGCUACGCGAGCCAGAGUUCGCUGCUCGUGAAUAGUGGGUCAACACGGGACAGUUCCAACUCACAAGCAGCACAGAUCGUCCAACACCUGAGCAGCCAGUCUCACGAGCACCACGAGCUUGCAUCCCAGAGCCAGUCCGACUUUGCAGUUUAUGACGAAGACGACGUCGUACCUAACACUGCAUCGCGACAGGCGCCAACCCAAACCGACUCGCAGGACUCUAGUCAAGCCCUGAGUGAGUUGGAUGGGAACACGAGGGUCUCAUUGUCCGCUCUGAACGCUCACGAGAUUGAAUCUCAGGCUGCACUUCUGGCAAGCCAAUCGCUAGUAUCGUCCAAUAGAUACUCGAAUACCACAGGUUCUGAGAUUCUAUCGGACGAGGGCUCACGCGCGCCAUCGGGUUAUCACGCGCAUUCCCCGAGCAGCCCACAGCAGCGGAAGACCAAGCGGCUGUCAGUAAUAACUGAACCACCCGUUACGCCGACUAGAAUGGACGGCUCGCCGGCGCCGAGUGCGCCAUUGUCGGCGCGGGAGAGAUUAAAGCGUAUACGGGAGAACGCGUUCAGCAAGUCAAUUUUCGAUGAGACUCCGGCUUCUGCAAGUCCCACAACUCAACAGGAUGCACCGUCAGGCAACAAGCAAGGAAAUAUUACCAUUCUGCAAGCCCGAGUGCACACUGAAGUAGCGCAAGCAGCCGAGCCAUCGCCAGCACCAGUGCCAGCUCUGGUCUCACCAACAUUCGUGGUGCCCUCCCUCGAAACGGGACAACAUGAACCGCGCAUGAGCUUGCAACCUUUGGCAGGUGAUGUGCCACCAGCCCCAACUGGCUCACUGCCGCCUGACGAGCUAUCACUGGGAGUGACCGGUACUUCACAAGUCACCUAUACCGCCACUCACGAGGAACAACCAUCGACAUUGGAUCCAUCUGCCCUAACCCUGUCAAUUGAGGGUGCUAUGGAUGUCAGCCCAUCAAUACCCACCAAUGAUGGCCUCGCAACUAGCAUCCCCAUACCAGAGGCGCUGGCUAUGGACGACGGCGGUGAGCUAUCACCAGCUUACCCAAAGAGUUUGCUGCCUUAUGCUCCCACCGGGCUCAACGAAUACCUCAUCACUCUCCCGUUCCACAACAGUAGCAGACCUCAGUACAACGACGUCCUUCGGAAGGAUGAGGACUUGAUUCGUGAGUACAGUACUUCGUUCCAAGUUUCCCCCUAUAAGACACCACAUGCUACGACUAUCGCAAAACUUGACGAGAUGUUCUCUCGCCUUUUCGACAUGUGUGAUUUCCCUCCCUUUCUCGAUACCGUUUCGGCCAUGGCUCCCGACCACAUAAGAAAACAUGUUAUCGACACCAAUCCUAAAUUCUCUUUCGUCGCGGAACUGCUGGACACUUUGAGUUCGAUGGGGUCCGAAAAGAAGAUUCUCAUCCUCGUCCGCCCCGGACGGUUGAUGGAUCUCCUCGGCAACGUGGUGCAAACGAGAGGCUAUCACUACGUCCGCGCAGGCCAAGAAGUCGUUGGUGUUUCACCCCCUCGACACGCGCUGACGGUCGCCAUUUCUUCCACGGCGGAUGAACCGAAUUUGAUACCAACAGACGUCGACGCAGUGGUUGCCUUUGACCACACAUUCCGACAAGAACUAGUAUCGUCACGAAACGAGGCAAGUCCUCCUAUCAUAAUGGCGCUCGCCAUAGAAGCUUCCAUACAGCAUCUCAACAUGCGGAUAUCAGAAAACUUGCAACCAUUAGAGCGCAAGAACGUGCUUGUGAUGGCUUUGGUCAAUGCUAUGCGAUAUGUCGAGGACCCAGAUCAUGCCGUCAAGCUCUGGUCGAUCGCGGACAAUUUCGCAAGGCACAUUCAGAUACCCGAUGAUGAUGAGUUCUACUGGGAACCACCACCGUUGCACGAGGACAUCUUCCAAGAUUUUCAUGCUGCGAGCUCUCAGACGCAACUGUCUCAGCUUAGUAUGCCGGGAUCUGGAAUCGAGAAACUUCCUGGGAGUCGGAAGCGAUCUCACGUUGACGAUGAUGAGGAGAUUCUAUCCAAGCGUCCCAAAAUGGUCCAGCCGCAAGUGGUUACGGAUGUGAGCUAUAUUAGUGACUCGUUGAAGAGCCUGUUAGGGGACGACUUCACUCAAGAUUCCGAGAUAGCGUCUAUCACUGUGUCAGUUGACAAGAUGGAGGCUUUGUCGACGAAAAUUGCCAACCUCCAGGCGGAGAUGGCAGAAAGUAAGCUACGCGAAAGGCAGUUCCGCCAGCUCAGCGACCGGUCGAAAACGGAAGUUGACAGCUAUGCGUCCUCAAUCAACAUGAUACAGACCAAGUUCAUGGCGGCCUUGAAAGACCGCGGGAUCUUUGAAGCCGAGUGUACGAGCGCUAAAGAAGAAGCAAAGGCCCUGACAGCCAGUCUCCAGUCUAGCCGGACGGAAAACGGUAAGCUGGAAGAGAAGCAUGCGGAGGUUCAGAGAAAACUGUCGGAAGCCACCGAGUUACUUCUCAACUCUUCCAAUCCCGAACAUGUCAGAAUGAUGCAACUCCAGAAGGACCUCGACGAGGCCACGACCAAGGUUGAACAACUGGAGAAGAAGGUAGCUACCACGCAGAAGGAUGCCGAGUACGCCAGGCACUUAUACCAGCAAUCAUCUCAGCGAGCUACGGAACUAUCCAUGGAGAACCGAGACUGUGAACGGCAAAUCGAAGAGCUCCAGCGCAAGGCUGAUGAAAAUAUCGUCACCAUCAACAAGGCCCAAGCCGCAAAUGACGUCAAGGAACUUACGCGCAUGCUCGGGGAGCAGAAGAUGAUCGUCCGUGAGCGGGAAGCGGAACUGAGCCGAGUCAAGGAAGAUCUCAAAUCAGCCAGGAACGGACGAAGGGGGACGCGCCAGUCUAGUGUACCGGGCAGCCCAAGACUAAAUGCCCUUUAUGGUGUCAUGAGCCCGCGGAAUGCAGGUGGCACGCGAGGAGCCAGCAGUCGAGGCACUAGUCCUGCACCGGCUAUGGGAGGGUUUGAUGGCUCUGGAGGAAGCUCGACCCCUAGCACACCGGUAUUCAACCAGUCUGCCGGGAUUAACCGAUUUGCGCACUUGAGAGACUCGAGGUUUUAG